AGCCCCAUCUGUAAACAAAGAUCACCGGCACCACACAUCAUAAGAGAAAGACAUUGCUCCAUAUGGGAAUUGACAUUUCAUGUUCGGUCAGUUUGCGUUUGCUCCAGUGAAGGCAAAGUGUUCGCAAGCAUGAUCGCGGGUGAUGUCGCUAGUGUCGGUAAACGUCAGUAACAAACAAGCUUCAAGCACUUCAAGUUCAAGCUUUAUCGUGUGUUUAUCAUUUGUGUUUUGCACGGACACUCGUAAUAUGUUUGCUUAUCAAGCCGUGUGUGACAUUCUUUCUCACGAUCGAGUCUGGACCCCUGAUAUCCUAAUUAUUUGUGUAGUUAACGUCGUAUCACUAAUGUUGCCAAGAAUAAUCAUGAAGUGUGCGCGAUAGCCGACAGGCAAUCGCCUUCUGAAUCAUGCCCACGCCUGAAAAAUUGUUCGUUGUAAACCGGCAUCGCUGUUCUCAGGACGGCAGUACUUCGUGGAAACCCUUCUCGAUCAACGCCUCUCAGCACCGCUCGCGCAACUCAUCCGCACCUCCCGAGGAUGACUACCGCACGUCGCGGAUACCAGUCCAGAACAUUGUGUUACGUUUGAUGCAUCGUGAAACAUACGCAGCUCGUCAGAAUGUCUCCCCUUUUCACGUGUCACGUCGACUGCAUCAAAACAUUUGUCCCAACUUCACUGUCGUCAACGUUGAGAAGCCGCCCUGCUUCCUCAGGAAAUUCUCGCCUGACGGGCGUCAUUUCGUGGCCUUUUCUUCCGAUCAAACUUCGAUUGAAAUCUAUCAAUAUUGUGGACCGAGCGCUGCAGCUCACCUGAUACGAAACCUGCCGGGAGACCAACAUACUGUGUGCAACGCAGCGCAUGUUCGCAGUGUCAUUUUCGGGGAGUUCCUGCGGCUAAAGCACAUCGUUAACGUUGCGGGAAAUGGGGGAGAACAGUUGAACCGCGAGUGCAGUUUGUUUGCAGAUGACGGGAAGCACGUAAUUGUUGGAUCCGCCAUGUAUGUGCCCGAUGAUCCGCACCCUCUGUUUUGGGACAUGCACAGAAACAAUGAAAGUGUUUCCCCUAACCCGCGGUCACCGCUCGAGGACUACACGUUGCACCUGGUCGACAUGACAACGGGCAUGCUGAGGGACAAGCGUACCUUCAAGACAGACAAGAUCUUUCUCUCGCACAAUCAGGGUCUCUACCUAUACAGGGACACGCUGGCUGUACUUUCUGUGCAACAUCAAACAGUUCACAUUUUCAAGGUAACUCGAGAAGGCACAUUUGUCAACGUUCGUACGGUGGGACGUUUCUGCUACGAGGACGACGAGUUGCUCGUGUCAUCUGCCAUGCUGGGUUCCUCCCAACCUUACCGUGAACCCACCAUAAACUCCCUCAAGCAUCGUUUGCUCGUUUACUUGUACAGACGAGCCGAGGGUGAUCCCACAGCGCAACGCCGUUUUUAUCAGCACUUUGACCAACUCUGUGACCUACGGUUGUGGAAGAUGCAGCUUCUGGAUGAGAACCACCUUCUUCUGAAAUAUGCCAGCGAGGACGUCGUUCUCUUCAGACUCUCCGAUCCCAAUUCUCAGCCUUCCUUUUUUGUCGUCUACAACAUUCAAAGUACCCAGGUGUUAGCAGUCUACGAGAACACCUCGGAGGAGCUCCUGGCGCUCUUCGAGGACUUCAGCGACCUGCUACGCAAUGCUGCGCUGCAUUCGGAGCUUACAUGUUCCCCAUCGAACAACGUUCAUGCAAGACUUGUUCAGCAAAGGUUCAAACAGACAAUCGUGAACGCGCGCUACGGGGGUCAGACGGAAGCGGUCAAACGACUUCUUGCACAGCUGCCCAUCAGCUCUCAAUCAUACAGCAACAGUCCUUACCUUGACCUGUCCCUGUUCAGCUACGACGACAAGUGGGUGUCAGUAUUGGAGCGCCCUAAGGCGUGCGGGGACUAUCCCAUCAGAUUCUAUGCCAGGGACUCGGGCCUGUUAAGAUUCAAGAUCUAUGCCGGUGUGCAGGGACGCAAUCCUCCUCCUGCAGCAAGAAGGCUUGUCGCAUUUACGUUUCAUCCGUACGAUCCCUUCGCCAUUAGCGUCCAACGCACCAAUGCUGAAUAUGUCGUUAACUUUCAUCUUUACAAGUCCGGCUCCUGACAGGUGGGGCCGAAAUAGAGUUGGAUUAUCCGCAUGCAAAGAAAUCGCUGUUACAAGUUUUGAUACAAUUGAGAUAUUUGCCAGAACAAACUUUUUCUGCAAUUCCAAUGAACCCAUUAAAUAAACUUAAGGAUUAUAUUGUUCCA